AUGCCGAAUCCGAUUCAAGAUAUUGCGACGGUCGACAAUGACAGCUUCCCCUACAUCUUGGAAAAAAAUGUUUCGAUCCCCUUGAAACGCAGUUCAGGCGUGGUGAGAGCCAACGUGUACCGGCCGAAGAGUUCGACCACCGAGCCUGUGCCUGUGUUAGUCACCUACGUUCCCUAUGGCAAAGACAUUUAUUACGGAGAGCAAGUCGACUUUCAGGUCCAGUCAUUCUCCGAACUGAACCCAGAACAGAAUUCAGCGCACUCGGCUUGGGAAACCCCCGAUCCUGGCUAUUGGACGUCUGUCGGGUAUGCUGUUGUACGUGUCGAUGAAAGGGACCUCGGACAGUCACCUGGGCUUUUGGACACAAUGUCUAAGUCUGCGAGCGAGGCAUUCUUCGACGCCGUUGAAUGGGCCGCCGAACAGCCCUGGUCAUCGGGCACAGCUGGCGAUCCUGUGCCUCUCACCAAGGGAUGGUUGAGAGUAAGCUUGCGCAAGGUCAACGCCGCCCACCGACGGCACAGGGAUUAUCUGCCAUACCGAGACUGUUGCAAAUCGGAUGUGCAGCCCGUCCUGCCUGGUGAGGCUUAUACUGUCGACGUCGAAGUCUGGCCUACCAAUGUGGUUCUGGAAGAAGGCAGCCAACUGGUCCUCGAGGUAUCAUCUGGAGACACCCAAGGUUCGGGUAUUUUCACACACGGAGGACGAAAUGACAGGACAGAACAGCGCUUCGGGGGGAUGAACCAUAUCUGCUUUGGCCCCGACUAUGACAACUACAUCACGUUACCAGUGGUACCGCCCAAAAUUGCAUGA